AUGAUGUUUUUAUUUGAACAAAUUUUUGUUGUUGCAGGUGGGUCGAGGAGAAUUAUGCGUGGGGCGUGCGCGUGCGCGGUGGUGUGCGCACUGGUGGCGCUGUGCUGUGCGCUGGAGCCGGAGGCGCGCGCCGCGGCCGAGCGGCAGCUGCUGGCGCUGCUGGGGCUCCCGCGCCGGCCUGCGCGCCGCGGCCUCGCGCCGCCGCCCGUGCCCCGCGCCAUGCGCCUGCUCUACGACUCGGAUGGCGCACUACCCGCUGCCGCCGCCAACACCGCUCGAUCGUUCCACCAUACACCCACCGAGCUCGACGACCGGUUUCCCGGCGAUCACCGUUUUCGACUCUACUUCAACGUGAGCGGCGUCCCCACGGAUGAGAUCGCCCGCGGAGCAGACCUCACGCUCCAACGUGCUCCUAACAUUACCGGUGCUCAACGCCUCCUCCUAUACGACAUAGUCCGACCCGGACGUCGUGGUCGCACGGAUCCUAUUCUGCGACUCUUAGACUCCGUUCCGUUGAGAGCGGGUGAUGAUGUGGUGAAAGCCGAUGCGCUAAGCGCUGCCCGCCGGUGGCUACAGGAGCCACGACACAAUCACGGAUUGUUAAUAAGAAUUAUAGAUGAGGAAGAACGAGGCGCAGAUGCGCGAACCCCUCAUGUAAGGGUGCGAAGACGAGUGACGGAGGAAGAUGAUGAGUGGCGUGCACUACAGCCGCUACUCCUGUUGUAUACGGAGGAUGCUCGUGCGAGAGCAGCGCGAGAGAGAGGUGAGACGAGACUCACGAGAAACAAGCGUGCGACGCAAAGAAGAGGCCAUCGUGCGCAUCAUAGGCGUAAGGAAGCACGCGAGAUUUGCCAGAGGCGGCCACUUUUCGUCGAUUUCGCCGACGUCGGCUGGAGCGACUGGAUAGUCGCGCCACACGGCUACGACGCAUACUAUUGCCAAGGUGAUUGCCCGUUUCCUCUCGCCGAUCACCUCAACGGUACGAAUCAUGCGAUAGUGCAGACACUUGUGAACUCAGUGAACCCGGCAGCAGUGCCCAAAGCGUGUUGUGUACCAACACAGCUUUCACCAAUAUCUAUGUUAUAUAUGGACGAAGUGAACAAUGUGGUGCUUAAAAACUAUCAAGACAUGAUGGUCGUUGGAUGCGGUUGCCGAUGA